AGCUAUAAGCCUCGAGACGGGCAAAUAUUCGCUCUUUCUCUCUCUCUCUCUCGACUACGCUCUCUCCGGCUUACUCCACUCACUCACUGAAUCACCCGCCCACCGACGCCGCCUACCCAAUUGACCGCCGCAACCCCGAACCCACCACCAACAAUCCACCAGUCAGCGGAAUUUCUCAAACAAGCGGCAACAUCUCCUUGUUCGGUUGCUCCUCCUUUGGAAAAGGCUAGGAUAAGCCACCACUGUUGUAUCCGCUGCUUCAAAGGGUUGUUCUAAAUUCCGAUCUAUACAGAUUCUUGGACUUUUUGCUGCUUCUAUACUGCACCAUUAAGAAGGCUGAUGGCACACUCUCUCAGCCGGGACACUUUAGGACUCACUCAACCUGCUAAUGUUGAACCUCCUAAGGUAUCAUUUGCGGUGAAAGAUAUUGAUGCGGCAGAAUGGAAAGGAGACUUGCUUGCUGUGGGUGUUACAGAGAAAGACAUGACCAAGGAUGAUAAUAUGAAGUUCGAAAAUGCUACCUUGAAGAGGUUAGACUCCCAGCUAGGUGGUUUGUUAGCUGAAGCCUCUGUUGAGGAGGAUUUCACUGGCAAGGCUGGCCAGUCUACUAUUCUUAGGCUUCCCGGACUAGGAACCAAGAGGAUAGGAUUGAUCGGACUUGGUUCUCAGCCUCCUUCUCUGGCCGCAUAUCGUGGUCUCGGUGAAGCUCUUGCCACAGCUGCUAAGACUGCUCAAGCUCGUAAUAUUGCUGUGUUUGUUGCUUCUUCCGAGGGCCUUUCAGCGGAGUCGAAGCUAAACACUGUUACCGCCAUCACAUCUGGUACCAUUCUUGGAAUGCAUGAAGAUAACAGGUUUAAGUCAGAGUCAAAGAAACCACUCCUCAAAAGUCUGGAUAUUAUUGGCCUUGGAACUGGGCUUGAUUUAGAGAAAAGGCUGAAAUCUGUUGAAGAUACUUGUUCUGGAGUUAUAUUUGGAAGAGAGCUGGUUAAUGCACCUGCUAAUGUACUUACUCCUGGAGUACUUGCGGAAGAGGCUUCCAAGAUUGCCUCAAUGUACAGUGAUGUUCUAUCAGCAAAGAUUCUUAAUCUAGAACAGUGCAAAGAACUGAAAAUGGGAUCUUACCUUGCGGUUGCUGCGGCUUCAGCAAAUCCACCUCAUUUCAUUCAUCUAUGCUACAAACCUAGUGGACCAGUUAAAGCCAGAUUAGGGCUUGUCGGGAAAGGACUGACAUUUGACAGCGGGGGCUACAACAUUAAAACUGGACCAGGCUGUUCAAUUGAGCUAAUGAAAUUUGAUAUGGGCGGUUCAGCAGCAGUUCUAGGUGCUGCAAAAGCAAUUGGUCAAAUCAAACCUGCUGGAGUUGAGGUUCAUUUUAUUAUUGCCGCCUGUGAAAACAUGAUCAGUGGGACUGGUAUGCGGCCUGGAGACAUAGUCACUGCUUCUAAUGGAAAAACUAUAGAGGUGAACAAUACGGAUGCAGAAGGUAGGCUUACUCUUGCAGAUGCUUUGGUGUACGCAUGCAAUCAAGGUGUAGAGAAGAUAAUUGAUCUCGCAACAUUAACUGGUGCAUGUGUUGUUGCUUUGGGACCUUCCAUAGCAGGUGUCUUUACACCCAAUGAUGCACUUGCCAAAGAGGUGUUUGUUGCAUCAGAGGCGACUGGAGAGAAAUUCUGGAGGAUGCCAUUGGAAGACAGUUACUGGGACUCGAUGAAAUCAGGAGUUGCUGACAUGGUUAACACUGGGGGUCGCCAAGGUGGUUCCAUCACUGCAGCUCUUUUUCUGAAACAGUUUGUGGAUGAGAAAGUUCAGUGGCUGCAUAUAGAUAUGGCUGGUCCAGUUUGGAAUGAAAAGAAACGUUCAGCAACAGGAUUUGGUGUAUCAACGUUGGUGGAGUGGGUUUUGAAAAACUCGACCUCAUAAAUUUACCACUUCAAAAUGAUCUUAUAGUGAGACAGGAUGAUGGUCAAGAACUAUUUACACACUAGUGAGAAUUGAGUUGCUUUUAGUAAAAGACCAUUUCUCACAUAUUUCAGUUGGCUAUAAGUAGCUAGUAUUCUUUUUUCUUUCCAUUUCUUCCAUCAUAUACUGAAUUUCGCAUGAUAUGAUUGAGAGUAUGUUACUGGAGGUUGGUUAGCGCUUGCUACUCUAA